AUGGAAGCCCCUAAGCCUGCUAUGACUACUACCACUCAGCCCCAGGCUGUGCAAAUGAGUGAGUUGACAGUGGCGGAGGCGGUUGUUGUCCUAAGUCCAAGCACUAACAUUGUUGUUGGUAUUGCUACAGACAUGAUGAACCCCCCUACCCGUAGUCAAACGCAGGAAUGCCAACACCACAAGGCUAACCGUCUGAGGGGAGGAGGAGCCGCUAAGGACUGCUUCAUCGGCGCUGUUGAGUGCUUCCUUUGCUUCGAGGGUUGCAAGGAAUGCUGCGAAUGCUGUGCCGACAUCGUCUGCUGCCCGUGCGAGAUGUGUUGCUAG